AUGGUAUUCGUUUUCUUGGGAGUCAUGAACUAUCUCAUCGAUGCGUACACGAUCUACGCCGCAUCUGUUCUUGCCGCCAAUUCGAUCAUCCGAUCAUGCUUCGGUGCCGGAUUCCCUCUCUUCACGACAUACAUGUACAAUAAUCUGGGAAUCCACUGGGCAUCGUGCGUGCCCGCCUUCCUUUCACUAGCCUGUGUCCCAUUCCCAUUCAUUUUCUACCGCUAUGGACCUGCCAUCCGGCGCAAGUGCAAGUACGCUGCUGAGGCAGAUGACUUCAUGCGUGCAUUGAACCGGAAGGCUCACGAAACGAGCGAGACGAAGGAGACCGAAGUCAUCGCGGAUGCAAGCUUGGAAGAGAAACAGGCUGUAGAGCCAGCGAGGAUGUCAGUGGACAAUGAGUCGAUGUCCUCUCGUUCGUCGCUGGAGCGUGUCGAGACAUAUGAAGCGAAUCCCUUCGAUAUUGAUCGCGUGAACACGCGCAACUCAGCUAUCACACAGCAGUCGAAGCCAGCAAAAAGCCGCGCAUCGAGAUUCUUUGGCUUCGGCCGCAAGUGA